ACCCUCUGCUUCUUCAGAGGAUGRGACGACRCAUGCACCUUUGGGCCCUUUGACUCUCKGUGUGGGUUCAGGAUGGCGCAGGGAGGCUCUCAAGUCGACUACCACGUCCUGCAAGACCUCAAGCAGCGAUUCCCAGAGAUCCCAGAGGGAGUAGUUUCUCAAUUCCUUCUGCAGAACAACAAUAAUCCGGAUGUUUGCUGCCACCUGCUGUCCCAGGAGAGUAACAGAUAUCUCUAUGGUGACUUYCAUCACAGUCCGGAGGAGAUGCGAAUGAGUCGAAACCACAUGCUACACAUUAGCUUGGGCUAUCCAGGUUCAGAGGCUGGAAAAUCAAACGGAGGAGGAGCGGCAGUGGGGCGCUCCUUGGUGCACAGCACCAGCGACGGUCACAUUGACCCUCAGCGGCCGAGCUACCCUGAACCCCUGUCGGCUCCUGCCACCAUGGCACCCUCCCCCAGUUACAAUCCUUUUUUUAUGAACGAUCAGAGCCGCUCAUCCAGCACGCCCACGCCUCCUCCCACAAUKCAAGGCAUGUCCCCCACGUGUACGCCAGUUCCACGAUAUCCUAUGAACCCUAUUACUGUCACUCUUUCACAAAACAUACCUACAGUCCAUCAGGCUUUGCAGAUUCCUCCAGGGCACUAUGUUAACAGCACCAAUACCACCCUGUACAUUCGGCCCUCCCCCUCUCAGAGCCCACAGCCAGCUCCCUGGCCGUCCCCUGGAGCUCCCGUCUACCAGCAUCAGCAGUCCCCGUACAGUACCCCCACUUAUGGCUCCCCUUACAGCUCACCUCAACAUCAGGUCCAGCCACAGCCACAACCACAGCCUCAACCUGGGCACCAGCAAUACGUCUUCCUCCCCAUUAGCCCCCCAAACAUCACAAAUAUGGCCUACCAUCACCAGCAGCAACCUCCGCCACAGUACAGGCCCUACCAACCGAAAACCCCUCUCACAAAACAGAUAGAAAUUACCCUUGAAGGACCAAGGCCUCGCAGCAACUCRCCUGUUCACACCCCACACCCCCAGGGCUCGCUGUACAUGGCAACAAGCCCCUCACCCAGCUCCCCGUCGCGGCCCAUCACGAUCGGCGGACCCCCUGGACCAGCGACUUUCCACCCGGGAAUGUACUURCAGCACCAAGGCAACACGAGGCCUCGGCAGGCGUCCUCCCCCCAGCCAGGCCAGUCUGCCUAUACCUUCAAAAUUAAAGUGUCCCCUGGAGGCCAGGUUCAAAGACCACCCAGCUCACCACCUGUCGCUGAAGCUGAGUCUCUUCUCAACAUUGUAGAUCAGGGUGCGCACAGCGCCACCCCAGCACCCAUCCUGCCCAUCUCCGCCCUGCCAGGGAACAUCGCCAGUCAGUUUCAGCAAUUACCCCGACGCUCAAGCUCAGCCUCUGAUGACUAUGCCUACACGCAAGGUAAGUGCGUUAAUUAUGUGUUAUUUUUUUAUUUCGCCCCACUAGAGAUUACCCGACUUCGAACUCACAACAGACAACUGCAGAUUGAUAUUGACUGCACACUGAAGGAAACAGAUCUGCUGCAGUCCAGAGGGAAGUUUGACCCAAAAGCAAUGAGCAACUUCUAUGACAACAUUCAGCCGGGUCCGUUGGGUCCGACCAAUCCUGGGAAGAAAGGUGAGAAACAUUUGAAACCAUUAGUGAUGAAGGCUUUUGAAACUAGUUUGAAUUAGAAUCUGGCACGCCUU